AUGGACUCCGAGCCGCCUUCCCUUCCUCUCGAGCGCUCCGUCUCGCAACAUAGCGCAACGUCCAUGAGGAGCGCCCGAUCCUCCACCGUACGAGCCAAACGAUCAAAACUAAAUUCCCAGCCGUCAAGCUCCGCAAGCUCCAUCGCCGCCUCCGAGGACAAGUCCCUGACGAGCUUCCCCUCCAUCCCCCCCGACUCACCCAGGGCCGACCACGCCUUUCCCCUGGACGAGGAGGCCCCGGAGCCUGAACCCCCGGCAACCGUCCGCAAGAUCUCCGACACCAGGCCCGGUCCCAUCUCCUUGAUGGGCGGCCUGACCGGCGCCUCCUCUGCUGAACAGGCUGCCCGCGACGCCCUGUUCGAGGACUCGCCCAUCUCGACCCACAAGAUUCCCGGCGCCCUGCACCAUGCUGAUGACGAGCAUAUCGGGCGUCUGAUCGCGAGGCACGGCGCCGUCGCCCUGGUCAGACAGGUUGCGACCGAUCUGGCCCAGCGCGACGCCCAGAUUGCCCAGCUGCGGAGGAAGACAGACGAAAGAGAGAGGGCUUUGCGCAAAAUCAUCCUGGAAUGCGGCCUCUCCAACCUCGACCUCGAGACAAGGCUCAGGGCCGUUGAGAGUGAGGUCAAGACCUCCCGUCCAGGUAACCGUCGCAAUGAGAGCGGCCUGUCCGAUCUCAUGAGCGAUGCAAUGCAGGAUACCGUCAUCUACAACGUCUUUGGUCAGACCGAUAUCAAUGACGGCACCAUCCGCGCCAGCAACCUCGCUACACCCUCCAACUCCGACGGAAGAGGAACGGCGAGAGGCUGGAAAGAUUAUCUUUGGGGCGGAACGAGCAGGAAGAGCAGCGUUCCGAGUAGCGUCAACGGCGACGAUUCGAGGCCCGCCACCGUCGUAAGAGCACAGUCGAGUGCCGACAGGCGGCCCGGCCUGCAAGACGAUCUCUUCUGUCCGCCCAGCGAGGGUGUCCCCCCCGAGAGCGUCCCGCCAAGAACCCCGAGCCGGGCGUCUAGCAUCCAGUCUGGCCCGCCCGGUUCACGCAAAGUAUCGACCUCGGUCGCGGCCAGCCUCAUGAGACUCGUGGCUGGAGGUGCCAUCAAUACGCGCGAGGGUGGCCCCAAUCGCGGAAGGUCCAACAGUGCUACCCAGCCGCAGUCGACACCGCGAGCGUCUUCGACUUCGAGUGCCAAGACCUCCCAGUCUAGCAGAGCAGUCUCGACGCAGGGCGGCCCGAAGGCACUCAUGGCUAUGCGCCGGACGGGAACAACCACGAAUGCUACCCCGGCUCCCGCCACUCCCAGGACCCAGCCGCAGGAGAGGUGGGACACCAUGGUGAAUAGCCCGACGAACGCCGCCUCCAACCGACAGGAGAGCUACGGCCCCGUCGAGAUGGAUGCGAUCCUGCCGCCUGAGACUCAGCCUCCGACCCUGACGCAUAUUUACAACAACUACGUCGGCACCGAGUAUCUCACUGACCGCUUCGGCUUCAUCUAUGACCAACGUAGGAAGAAAAGGCAGCGUGAAGCUGCACAGAUGGCCCGCCGCUUCAAGCAGGGCAGCCGCACUGAGAUGCUUUCCAACGGCCGAUCGGAAUUGGCCUCGCCAAUGAUCGAGGAAGAGGAGGAGGUUCCGAGCCCCAUGAGCGGCGAGGAGCGGCCAGAUAGCCCGUCUUCAACCGAGGAACGCGCAGGCGAGGGCAGGCCUAAGAAGUGGCAAGAUUAUCUCAAGCUAGCGACGUUCCCGACCGAGCUCUUGUCUCACACCCCAGCCCUCAGCGCGCCCUCUCUCGAGGUGCUCGAGGGGGGCGAUCUGGGGAUGAAGUCGCCUGGACUCAUCGCUGCCGACGAACGGGGCUUCGUUCCCAUCGCGAGCACGACAACCUCCGUUAUCGACAGCGAGGCGACACCUCCCGUUGACAAGGACGCGGCUGCCGGGAUGGUAGUCAGGGAUGAUACGGAGCCGGUGAAGUUGCUGCUCCAGCAUAUGGGCGAGCUGCACGACUCCUUGCAGAGGGAAAAGGCUGCUCGCUGGAACGAGUUCUUGCGCAAGGUGAGAGCCGAGAGAAAGCGAGAUGGGGAGGCCGCUGCUGCCGCCGCUGCCGCCCUUGCCGAGGCCCGUUAUGAGCGCCCGGCCAUGAACCUACCUGAAGCUGCCCUUGCCGACGGCGAGCUGAUUGGAAUCACCGCCCUCGGGAUCAAGGGCAAGGUCGGACGUGCCAAGAGGACCGAGCUUCGGAACCUGGUCCUCGGUGGAAUCCCCGUCAAUUUGCGUGCCAAAGUCUGGUCUGAGUGCUCUGGCGCAACCGCCCUGCGCAUUCCGGGAUACUACCAAGACAUCAUUGCUCGGUCGGACAAGGACGACGACCCGCUGGCAGUGACCCAGAUCGAGAUGGACAUCAACCGCACCCUGACAGACAACAUUUUCUUCCGCAAAGGACCGGGCGUGGCGAAGCUCAAGGAGGUCCUCAAGGCCUAUGCACGUCGAAACCCCGAGGUCGGUUACUGCCAGGGCAUGAAUCUCAUUGUAGCCAACCUGCUGUUGAUUAUGCCGUCGGCAGAGGACGCCUUUUGGAUUCUGACCAGCAUUAUCGAGAACAUCCUGCCGUCGGGGUACUACGACCAUUUCCUCCUUGCAUCGCGCGCCGACCAGCAAGUCCUACGCCAGUAUGUGGCGGAAGUACUCCCGAAGCUGUCGCAGCAUCUGGACGACCUCGGCAUCGAGCUCGAGGCACUCACGUUCCAGUGGUUCCUCAGUGUCUUCACUGACUGCCUCUGCGCCGAGGCUCUCUUCCGCGUCUGGGACGUUGUGCUUUGCAUGAAUGACGGAAGCACCUUUUUGUUCCAGGUGGCGCUCGCGCUGCUCAAGCUCAACGAGCCGCAGCUCCUGCAGUGCGACACGCCGGCGAGCGUGUACACUUACAUCAAUCGCCAAAUGACAAAUCACGCCAUCAGCAUCGAUAACAUGAUCAAGGCCUCGGACGGGCUGCGGAAGGAGGUCAAGCGUGAGGACGUCGAGGCGCGCCGGGACAAAGCCAUCCAGGCAGAGAAAGACGCGGCAAGGCAGAGAGACGAGAUGAACACGGCGAAAAAAUCCUCAAAGGCCAAUAGCAACGGUAAUGGCCAUGGUGGCGGGCAUGUAGAGAGUGAGGCAGCAGUGCCAGAGUCGGGGUCGGAUGUUGAAACCCCGAUGCCGGUGGAGCAGGAAGAGCAGACGUGA